GCUUCAACCAGAAACUCCAUGAGCAACACCUUGAAUUCUCCAAUUCUUCUUUCCCUACUCCUGUCCCGCCCUUCCCCUCAAUCGGCGAUGCCAUGUCUCUCCCCGGCCUAGACCUUACCCAGCCCUCCGGGGACCGCGAGUUCGCCCCCGUCCCGCCAUCCCAGAUUAGUCUCUCCAAGGGCUCCGAGUGGCGGUUCGAAGUUGCCUUUGGCACGACCGUCCGCGUAAAGCUUCUAGCCGGAACCGCAGAACUCUUUGGCACCGAACUAGCCCCCUCUCAAACCUACACCUUCUCCGGUACCAAAGCCGCAAUCUACACCUGGCACGGAUGCACAUUAGAAGUUAGCGCCGGAGAGACUCUCCUCACUCUGGAUGGUCUCGCCCCAGGAGGCACAAAUGGAGCGACUGUGCGCGGACUCGGCGCGGGCGGCUGUCAGAGCGAAUACGUGGCGGAGGAGACCCCGAUGAUUGAAUACGCGAACGUGCAUUUUGCGCUGGAGUCCCUACGACAGGAAGCUAAGGCGACGGGGAAGGAUGGACCGCGGGUAUUGGUUCUGGGACCUGAGGAUGCGGGGAAGACAAGUUUGACGAAGAUUCUGACGGCCUAUGCGACGAAGAUUGGACGGCAGCCAUUGGUGGUUAACCUGGAUCCGACGGAGGGGAUGCUUAGUGUGCCGGGUACGUUGACGGCGACGGCGUUUCGCACAAUGAUUGAUGUGGAGGAGGGCUGGGGGAGUAGUCCUAUGUCGGGACCGAGUGCGGUGCCGGUCAAGUUGCCGUUGGUGUAUUUCUAUCCGAUGCAGAACCCGCUCGAGGCGGAUGGGUCGAUAUAUAAGGCGAUUGUGUCGAGGCUGGCGCUGUCGGUGACGGGGAGGAUGGCGGAGGAUGAGGAUGCCCGGGAGACGGGAAUUAUUGUUGAUACACCGGGAAUCUUGAGUCAGAGCAAGGCUGGGAAUGUGGAAUUGAUCAAUCACAUUGUGACGGAGUUCGCGAUUACGACGAUUCUGGUGAUUGGCUCAGAGCGGCUGUAUAGCAUCAUGAUGAAAAACUUCGACAAUAAGCCUACGGCGAGUGCUUCGGCGGCGGCGUCGGACGAGCGCAUUUCGGUGGUCAAGCUAUCGAAGUCCGGGGGAUGUGUUGAUCGUGAUGCGGCGUUUAUGAAGGCUGUGAAUGAGUCGCAGAUCCGGACCUACUUCUUCGGCAACCCGAUCCCUUCGACGGCAUCGGCAGCGCUGUCGCUGUCUGCGUCGUCGACGACGAACGUAACGCUGUCGCCGCAUGCUCAGCAAUUGGACUUUGGGGCUUUGUCGAUCUACAAUUACACGAUCGCGUCCCUGGAUGACGAUGAAGAUGAAUACGAUCCGUCACAACUUGGUGCCGGCGACGCAUUCCUCCCUGGUGGCAGUAAUGACAUGGACCAGACUUCGCAGAAGGAAGAGAGCCCGGCUGCUCCGAUGCUGCCGGGGAUUACUGGCCCGGCGAAAGAAACGGUGUCGCCGGCAGGGACAUCAAGCGUGCCGUUGAAGAAGCUCACGCCGCCGGCGCCAACCGGGCUGGCCAAUUCCUUGUUAGCCAUCACACAUGCGGGACCGACGGCCAGUCCGGCGGAAGUGCGCGAUGCCAGCAUCAUGGGAUUCCUAUAUGUGGCGGACGUGGACGGCGAGAAAGGCAAGAUCCGGGUGCUGGCUCCGGUGGGAGGACGAGUGCCAGGGCGGGCGAUUGUGUGGGGGAAGAAAUGGCCGGGGGAGGUCGUAGGAUUAGUGGGGUGAUGAUGUACUCCGUAUACAAUUGCAGUAUGGAGUUUGGAGUGUUGGUUCAUAUAAUUCAGAUGCAAUACUUGAUGUCUUAAGUAUACAGUGGGCUGCCGUAAGAUGG